AUGGUAAGCCGAAAAUAUUUAUCCGAGACUGCUCUACCUGAACUGCACGGUAAAGUGCGCAAACACAUAUUCGAGGAGAUAAAAGAUGCCAAAGUGAUUAGUUUCACGACAGAUAUCUGGAGCUCGGACGUCUCCCCCAUGUCGCUGUUAAGUUUAACAGCGCACUGGCUUGAUGAAGGUUUCGAACCGCACAGUGCAAUGUUAAAUGCAACAAACUUCCGUGGGUCACACACCAGCGAUGCUAUUGCAGCUAGCCUAAAGGAAAUGUUUGAGAAGUGGCAAAUUCCGCAAAGCAAAGUCCAUGUGGUCCUCAGAGACAACGCCAGCAACAUGAGAAAGGCAAUGGACAACAUGGGUGUCCGUAGUGUCGGCUGCGUUGCACAUACAAUGCAGCUUGUGGUCAACGAGGGACUUCUCUCACAGCGGGCUGUGAGUGAUGCCGUUGCAUGUGGAAGACAGAUUGUCGGACACUUUAAACGUUCUCCGCUCGCAUAUUCACGGCUGCAAGAUAUCCAGGUUCAAAUGAACAUGCAACCAAAACGCCUGCAGCAAGACGUCAAAACCAGGUGGAACAGCACCUACUACCUGAUAGAGAGUCUGAUAGAACAGAAGCGAGCUCUCUCUGCUUAUUCUGCUGACCACGAGCUGCCCACGACACCCACAGCAAACCAGUGGGCCUUACUUGAGAAAACGAUGAUCUGCCUUGAACCGUUUGAGGAGUUUACAAGGAAGGUGAGCUCAGCCACAGCCUCCACUGCUGAUGUUGUGCCAAGUGUCACCGUACUCAAACGUCUCCUCUCUAUGGAAACCGAGGCCGACUCAGGAAUUAAAACCAUGAAAAAGAGUCUUUUAGCAGCGGUUGACAAGCGCUUCAGCACUGUGGAAGAUGAACCUCUAUAUGCACUUUCUACCCUGCUGGACCCACGAUACAAAGACAGAUUUUUCACCAGCGCAGACUCUGCCAAGCGUGGGAAAGAUGCACUUGCUAAAGAACUGGAGGAAGACUUGAGGAGCACCACUGAUGGAGCAGCAAAGGCUUUGGAGCCACCAGGAAAGGCCCUCAGAGUGGAAGCAGCAGCUCCAGCUUUGAGCAGUAACAAGAGCAGCAGCUUCAUGAGAGAAUUUGACAAAAUUCGAGGGGAGCGUGAGGAAGAACCUGGUGCAGCAAGCAGCUCUAGCAGUGCUGUACAACUGCAUGGAUAUUUUACAGAGGAAACAAUUCCUACCACAGAUGACCCAUUCAAAUACUGGAGAGUCAAUCGGCAGCGGUUUCCUGGCCUUGCUGCCUCUGCCUUAAAGUACCUUUGUGCGCCCUGCACGAGCGUGGAAAGUGAAAGGCUUUUCAGCACAGUCUCUACCAUCUUGGAUGAGAAGCGAAACAGACUGACAGCUGAAAGAGCAGAAAUGCUUGCUUUCCUAAAUAAGAACCUGCCAGUGAUGCUUAAAGCUGAACUUGAGAAGCUUGAGAAGUCUGCUUGAGCAGGUCAUUGACAAUGAAUGCUGUGAAGAAGCAUUUACAAUCUGGGACUGAUUUUAUUUUUAUCUUUUUUACCUAGCUAGUGAAGCUAUUGUUUUUUUCCAGCAGUUUUUGUAAUGGAUGGUUAAGUUAUACAAUUUAUUUUGCACAAUAUCGCUAAAUCCUUAUAAAGAGCUGAUUUCUGUGGAUUUUCAAUAUGUACCAAGUACCAAGCUAGUUUCCUUUUGGUUUCUUUUUCUUAAUUUCAGCUCCUUUAUUAUUUAUUUUACAUGGGAUUUUGAAUUCCAAAUUGCCCUG